AUGCCGACUAACCUAACAAUCGGCUGCUUCCUUGUGGAGUGGGACAGUCACUUACUCAACUGGCAAGAUGCAAAAGACACAUGUACUGCAUUAGGUGGUGCUCUAGUCCAAAUAAGGAAUCAUAAAAUGAGCAACUGCUUACGUGAUUGGCUUUAUAAAAAUAUGGAUACCUAUGGUGAUUUAUGGAUCGGACUUUUUGAUUAUACAAACACUGGCAGUGUACAUGUCACUAACUAUGGGUGGACUGAUGGUACAAUGCUUACGUCCGAUAUUUUUCAAAAUUGGGCAUCCGGCGAACCAAAUUAUGGUGGGAAAUGUGGACAACUGUGGAAAGCCACUGGCUAUGGUUGGGAUAAUGAUCGUUGCGAUAUAUUGAAACAGUUUCUUUGUGAAUAUGAUGUUUGCUGA